CAGUGUUAGGCUUGGUUGGGCUUGUGUCACAUGUACAGUUUCAUCUCUCUCUACCCAAAGAUUUUGAUGAGCUUGCAUGCCUUCCUCUUGUUCACCAUUUCCUUUCUCUCUUCCUCAAAUUUCAGCAAACUCAAAUAUCCCUCAAAUUCCUCUUCCCCAACGUAUCUUAUUGAUCUUCAUUUGAUAUCUUUAUAAUCUUUGUAUAUUUCAUAUCGGCGUAAGGUUCUUGAUACCCCCUCCAUCUCUAUACACGGAGCAUUUAUGGGUUGCACUGUGAGGGAGAAGCAUAUCCGUGCAAACCGUAGAGCGCGAUCAGCGAAGCCUGAAUUCGAUCCUUGCUGUGACGCAUCAUCAGUCUCCAAAUCCAUACUUGAAACGGGUCUCAAUCCCUUGGCUUACCAUCACGUUCUGCAAGAUCCAUCCCAUAGCAAUGCAAUCCGUAAUUCUAGUGGUAAUGUCGAUGAUAACGGGUGGGAUUACUUCACUGAACAACAAUUAGAGGAAAUCUUGUUAAAACAUCUUGAACUUUUAUAUAAAGAAGCCAUUUCUAAGCUUCUUGCAUUAGGCUAUGAUGAAGAUUCUUCUUUGAAAGCGAUACUGCGCAAUGGGCAUUGCUGUGGUGGUAUGGAUGUUGAAACUAAUAUAUUGUAUAACACCUUAGCUUUUUUGAAUAGCAAUUCUGGCGGUGGCAGUGGCACCAGCAACAAUAGUAAUGGGAAUUUAGAUGAAAACGAAACUGUUUUUAAUGAUUUAAGGCAGUUGGAGGAGUUUUCUCUUGCAGGCAUGAUUUGUUUGUUGCAGCAAGUUAGGCCGCAUUUGAGAAAAGGUGAUGCUAUGUGGUGUUUGUUAAUGAGUAAUCUUCAUGUGGGUAGAGCUAGUGCUAUUGAAAUUCCAAUGGCUAAUUCACCUGGUAAUGGGAAUAAUACAGUGCAGAGCAGUGUAGAGAGUGUUAGAAGCAAUGGUGUUGAUAAUGGGGUUGGUGUGGUGGCACCAGCGCUGUGUAGGUUUCAUGGAGGAUGGGGGUUUGGAAGUCGGGGUGGAUCAGACUUUGCAGUGAAUGGGGUUUUCUCUUACAGUGCAGAAAUGAAUGUGCGGAAGGAUAUUGAAUGCCCUAAGAGGUUCAACCUAUCACCUUCAAUGAAGUCGUUGUUAAAAAGGAAUGUUGCAAUGUUUGCUGCAGGUUUUAGGGCUAAUUCAAAACAGAUGCAGACUCAGUCUUACUUUCAAUCUGAGUCUUGCUCUGGUGUUUUCUCAGGAGGGGAUGUAGCACCAGUUGCAACAGGGAGUGAGGUUUUGGUUGAGAAGGGUGAGGAGUCUCAAGAUCUGAAGAACCAAGAUGGGGCUAGUCCAACGUGGAAUAAGUUCAAAGAUGGGCUUUUUUCAGAAUUAAGUAAGUUCAAUGAUUUGAAUCUUGACGAGAAUUUAGUGCUUGCAGGAGAAGAUCAGAAGGAUGAGAUGAUAGUGACCCUGCUUCGUCAGAUUAAAGAUUUGGAGAGACAAGUAAAGGAACGGAAGGAGUGGGCACAUCAGAAGGCAAUGCAAGCUGCAAAAAAGCUUAGUAGUGACUUAACAGAGCUUAAAAUGUUGAGAAUGGAGAGGGAGGAGACACAGCUAUUGAAGAAGGGGAAACAAACUCUGGAGGAUUCAACAAUGAAGAGGCUGUCAGAGAUGGAAAGUGCUUUGAGAAAAGCAAGUGGUCAAGUGGACCGGGCAAAUGCAGCUGUGAGACGACUUGAGACCGAGAAUGCAGAAGUCAGAGCAGAGAUGGAGGCUUGCAAGUUAAGUGCAUCAGAAUCAGUGACAACUUGUUUGGAGGUUGCAAAGAGGGAGAAGAAAUGCUUGAAGAAGCUUUUGGCAUGGGAGAAACAGAAAACUAAAUUGCAGGAUGAGAUUGCAGGUGAGAAAGAGAACAUAAAGGAGUUACAGAGAUGUUUGACUAUGGUUGAGCAGGCUCAGAAGGAAGCUGAGGAAAAGUGGAGACAGGAAGUGAAGGUAAAAGAGCAAAUCUUAGCUCAGGUAGAGGAGGAACGGCGUGCCAAGGAAGCAGCAGAGGCCAAUAAUAAAAGGAAGCUUGAGACUUUGCGCCUCAAGAUAGAGAUAGACUUCCAACGCCAUAAGGAUGAUCUGCAAAGACUUGAGCAGGAUUUUUCUCGUCUAAAACUAUCUUCAGAGUCCACCAACUUGAAUAAUCAGUUAAAUACUUUACCAAUAAGAAAGCCUGAGAAGACAAAGCCCCAAGGUGAAAAAAUUGCUAGGCUACUUCAUGAAUUAGAUGAACUUGAGGAUUCGCCAAAUAAGGGAUCUAACUGUGAUAGAGAAUGCAUAAUUUGUAUGAAAGAUGAAGUCUCUAUUGUUUUUCUUCCAUGUGCCCACCAGGUUAUGUGUGUCAGCUGCAGCGACAAUUAUGGGAAGAAGGGUAAAGCUACGUGUCCAUGCUGCCGGGUUCCAAUAGAACAAAGGAUCCAUGUUUUUGGUGCAAGUUCAUAGCAUUGGUUUGUAACAGUGAGUUAUCUUUUCUUUUUCCCUGGAAUGCUUGAUAUUCACUAUGCAUUUUAUAUUCCUUGCAGCCACUGAGGCUGCAUGUUAUAGCAUAUAAUUCCCCUAAAGCACUGCUGCUAUUUGACAGCGGAAUGAGGAUUUAUGUAAAUAAGAAACAAGCUUCUUUGGGGCUCAUCCUUUUAUGUAUACUUGUUGCUCAGCAUGAUAAGGAUGUACGUAAAUAAGAAGCAAGCUUUCUUGUAGGCUCAUGCUUUUAUCCCAAAACUAAUCAAAUGUUUGUUUCACAUUA